AUGGCGGGGUCGCGUUACAUCCGGUACUCCCAGAUCUGCGCCCAGGUGGUCAGAGCGGCAAUGAAGCCUCAAUACAAAGCGGAGGCCGAGAGGGCGGCCAUGGCCACUGUGAAAACUGUGAAGCCUAAGAAAGAAUAA